AUGAGAGAGAUCCUUCAUAUUCAAGGAGGCCAGUGCGGAAACCAAAUUGGUUCCAAAUUCUGGGAAGUUAUUUGCGAUGAACAUGGAAUCGAUACAACCGGAAAGUACUCAGGCGACGCCUCGUCGUCCGAUCUUCAACUGGAAAGGAUCAAUGUGUAUUACAAUGAAGCUUCGGGUGGAAAGUAUGUGCCUAGGGCGGUCCUUAUGGAUCUCGAACCGGGUACUAUGGAGAGUAUUAGAUCCGGUCCGUUUGGACAUAUCUUUAGACCUGAUAAUUUUGUUCAUGGACAGUCUGGUGCUGGUAAUAACUGGGCGAAAGGUCAUUAUACUGAAGGAGCUGAGUUGAUUGAUGCUGUUCUUGAUGUUGUCAGAAAAGAGGCUGAGAAUUGUGAUUGCUUGCAAGGCUUUCAGGUAUGCCACUCUCUUGGUGGUGGUACAGGUUCUGGCAUGGGAACACUUCUAAUAUCAAAGAUCCGAGAGGAGUAUCCUGACAGGAUGAUGCUUACAUUCUCUGUUUUCCCUUCACCAAAGGUCUCGGACACAGUUGUGGAGCCAUAUAAUGCCACCCUCUCAGUGCAUCAGCUGGUAGAGAAUGCUGAUGAAUGCAUGGUUCUUGAUAAUGAAGCAUUGUAUGACAUCUGCUUCCGGACUCUAAAGCUUAGCACCCCAAGCUUUGGUGACCUCAACCAUUUGAUCUCUGCAACUAUGAGUGGUGUAACAUGUUGUCUGAGGUUCCCAGGCCAGCUCAACUCUGACCUUCGCAAGCUGGCUGUAAACCUGAUCCCAUUUCCUCGCCUUCACUUCUUCAUGGUAGGGUUUGCACCACUCACAUCUCGUGGUUCCCAGGGGUAUCUCUCCCUCACUGUCCCCGAGCUGACCCAGCAGAUGUGGGAUUCGAAGAACAUGAUGUGUGCUGCUGACCCCCGCCAUGGCCGCUACUUGACAGCCUCAGCCAUGUUCAGGGGCAAGAUGAGCACCAAAGAGGUGGAUGAACAGAUGAUUAAUGUGCAGAACAAAAAUUCAUCCUAUUUUGUGGAGUGGAUUCCCAACAAUGUGAAGUCCAGUGUGUGUGACAUUCCACCAACAGGUCUGACGAUGGCAUCUACUUUUGUGGGGAACUCCACAUCAAUCCAGGAGAUGUUCAGGAGGGUGAGUGAGCAGUUCACAGCCAUGUUCCGUCGCAAGGCCUUCUUGCACUGGUAUACUGGGGAAGGUAUGGAUGAGAUGGAGUUCACUGAAGCAGAGAGCAACAUGAAUGAUCUAGUGGCAGAGUACCAGCAGUACCAGGAUGCAACAGUUGAGGAAGAUGGUGAAUAUGAGGAGGAAGGUGAAGAGAACUAUGACGACUAA